UUUGUCGUAAAAUAUUCAAUAUCGUCACCCGCAAUUCAAUAACCGAUAAAUCCGGAUAACAGAAGAAUCUCCACACACACUACAUCAACCACUCAAAUUUCUGUACUUUCCCUCCGCCGACCGCCGCUCUCCUCCGCCGCCGCAUUUCCUCCCCACAUCUAUGGUAAUAUCCUCCCUUUCCCCGUUAGCCUCCGCCACAGCUCCCCGCCUUUACCUCCUUCAUCCUAAUCACACACCACGAUCUGCUCGGUCUCGACUCUCCCCAGCCCUUCCGUUCGCUGGCUCCGCCGCGAGCAGCAAGAGAACUCUAAUUUCGAGCUCGAUUGAUCAGAAUCCACCGAGAAGCCUGUUCCCCGGCGGCUACAAGCGGCCGGAGAUUAGAGUUCCCAAUCUCGUGCUCCGGUUGAGCGCCGAGGACGUGUUGAGGGAUGACAAAGCGCUGCUCGACGUAAUUGACGGCGCCGUCUCUGGUAGGGUCGGAAUCGUGGUGCUUACCAGCGGAGAAGGCAGCGGCAAGAAGCUCUAUGAGGCUGCUUGUUUGCUCAAGUCUGUGAUUCGGGAUCGAGCUUACUUGUUGAUUGAUGAGCGCGUGGAUAUUGCUGCUGCGGUCAAUGCGAGCGGCGUUUUGCUUUCCGAUCAAGGUCUGCCUACAAUUGUGGCAAGGAACACAAUGAUGGAUGCGAAAACCGACUCAGUGAUUCUUCCUCUAGUUGGAAGAAAUGUCCAAACUCUUGAGGCUGCAUUAGAUGCUUCUAAUUCCGAGGGUGCUGAUUUUCUUAUUUAUACUAUUAAAGACGGCGACCAUCUGGAAGAGCUGGUGAGCUCUGUGUGUGGGCGUGUAAAAAUCCCGAUUUUUAUUCUGACCGACUUUACAAGAGAUGAAAUGUUUUCCAAGAUACCUUUGGGUUCACUGACAUCAGGAGUUGAUGGUGUAGUUGUUUCAGUGGAUGAAUUGAACUCGUCCAGAGACAAUGACCUGAUGAAGUUAUUUUACAGUGAGUACGCGCGUGGUCAAGUUUUUGACAGUCUUGAAACUUUGGGUGCACAGAAUGGAAUUUACGGGCAGCAGAUGGUCGGUGGGUUUACUAGAUUGGAAGAGAGAGAAAAACAGUUCAUAGAAACAGAGAGAUCGAUUUUGCUUGAAGCUAUCAAUGUCAUUGAAAGAGCCACACCACUGAUGGGGGACAUAUUGCUUCUCAAAGAUGCCGUUUCUCAACUUGACGAACCAUUUUCAUUGGUUAUAGUGGGAGAGUUCAACUCUGGAAAGUCGAGUGUCAUCAAUGCUUUUCUUGGCCAGAGAUACCUGAAGGAUGGGGUUGUUCCCACAACUAAUGAGAUCACCUUCCUGCGCUAUUCUGAUUCUGAGUUCAGUGAGCAAAGUUGUGAAAGGCAUCCUGAUGGUCAAUACAUAUGCUACAUACCUGCUCCAAUUCUAAAAGAAAUGACAAUAGUCGAUACCCCUGGAACAAAUGUGAUACUCCAAAGGCAGCAACGGCUGACAGAGGAAUUUGUGCCUCGCGCUGAUUUGAUUCUUUUUGUCAUGUCGGCUGACCGGCCAUUGACCGAAAGCGAGGUUGCUUUUCUUCGCUACAUUCAACAAUGGAAGAAAAAGAUUGUUUUUGUGCUGAAUAAGAGUGACCUGUACAAAUGCGCAGAUGAGUUAAAUGAAGCUAUUGUAUUCAUCAAAGAGAACACAAGAAAGAUGCUAAAUGCUGAACAGGUCACAUUAUACCCUGUAUCUGCUAGAAGUGCUCUUGAGGCAAAGCUUUCUGCUUUUAGUGGUCUAGAAAAGCAAGAGGAAUAUUCAAAUAAUCCAUAUCCAGGGGCCAACAACUUUUCUGAUCUUGAGGAGUACCUCUACAGCUUCUUGGACGUAUCUACAAAUAAUGGGAUUGAGAGAAUAAGGCUUAAACUGCAAACCCCAGUUGAGAUUGCUGAGCAGUUACUUUCUUCUUGUCAAAAGCUGGUCACAGAUGAGUUCCAGCAAGCUGAACAGGACCUGAAGAUGGUGAAUAAUAUUCUAGGUAGUGUAAAAGGGUAUUCCUUGGAGGUUGAAAAUGAGAGCAUUUCUUGGAAGAGACAAAUUUUAUCUCUGCUGGAGGCCAAUGAGCUGUUAAGAACAAAGCAGGAAAUAGGUAUAGCUGUUAUUGUAGAGUUUAGUGCUGCUGCUGCUUCGAAACUGUUCGAGCAAGAAAUCCGAGAAGUGCUCUUGGACGCUUUUGGUGGAUUGGGUGCAGCUGGUCUAUCUGCAUCGCUUUUAACAUCUAUCUUGCCUACUACUUUAGAAGACCUCCUUGCUUUAGGCCUUUGCUCUGCUGGCGGUCUGUUGGCAAUUUCAAAUUUCUCAUCUCGGAGACAAAAAGUGAUCGACAAAGUGAGAAGAACAGUUGAUGCCUUGGCUUGUCAGCUGGAAGAGGCCAUGCAAAAGGACUUAGUGGAUGCUACCAACACUUUAAACAACUACGUGACGCUCAUUAGCAAACCAUAUCAAGAAUUAGCCCAAAAUCGAGUGAUUAAACUGUCGGGUACCCUUGAUGAAUUGAAAGAUAUCGCGGGACAACUUGAAGAAUUACAAAUCGAGAUCCGAAACUUUCAUGUAUCAAGGUAGCAAUAAACCUUUCGUUCCUCACUUCCUUCUCGAACAUUAUAUGCAACAUUAUCGUGUUUUUUGCUAUAGAAAUACUAUUGAUGUUACAUCAUGGACUCAUUAUGGGAAGUUGCAUGCAGGUAGAUAGAUUUAUUAUAGGGAAUGUAAUGUGUAACAUAAAACUUAAAUGUUAAAUAAUCUAUAUAAAUACUAAAUAUAUAGUACCUACAUAUAGGUGAGGCUGGUCGGCAGUUCACCGAGUCCAUUAAGUAUAAUUUAAAUAAAGUUCCCAUGCAAAAGUUGUUGUUUUUGGUUAAUCUUUAAAAUUAUCUUAUGCCAACCAUAAAGUUUGUUGAAAGCUUUAAUUAUUAUUUUAUUUGAUGCAGCUUAUAUAAAAAAAAAUCCUGACAUUUCUUGCUACAUUUCUUGGUAGUGCACCUUUUUUCAUUCCCUUUUGGGCUGUUUUUCUUAACAAAACUGGGAGCAUGAAACAAUAAAAGGUUCCACUAGUUUGGGCAAUAAGGAUCAAAAUAUAUUUAAGGCUUAAAAGUUAAAGGACAUUGUAAUUUUAAAUGUGAAGUGACCAAUUUUAUGGAAUCUUUGCAUGCUUAGUAGUGAUAAGUGGUGGAAAAACCAAAA